AUGCCUACGCUAGGCAUGUAUGAUGUAUUAUUUGCUGCAGGUAUCGUUUCGCUCCAAGUGAUCCAGCUGGCGCGGACUCUUCGCAUCAGUCUAGCGGCAGCCGGUGUACAGUUCAGCGAAGCCGCACUUGAGCCGCUCGCGGAGCUCGCGUGCACCCUGGUGUCGUCUUCCUCUGCCGCAGCUGUCACUGAUGAGACUGCAGUCUGCCGCGCCCUUGUGGAAAAAUACACCCGACACCUCCCGAGCCCCAUCCCCAACAAGCCCAACCCCGCUGACAAGGCCAAAGGCGAGCGCAUCCCGGGGCCUAUCGACGGACUUCACGCGAGCUGGGUUCCUCAGGUUAAUCUAGCCGAGCCUACAUUCGGGCUGACAGCUGAUAUAUACGACCGACUUGCACGGGAGGCAGACCGCGUAGUUCACAGCGCUUGGCCUGUCAACUUCAAUCUUUCAAUCGCCUCCUUCGAGACCUACCUCCGCGGAGUGUGCCACCUUGUCGACUUUGUUGUGCGUGCCCAUAAGAAUGUACCCAUUACCUUGAUCUACAGCGUAGGCACUAUGGACCACUGGCCCACGCCGAAUGAAGUCGUGCCGGAAUCGGCACUGGAAGACUGGUCUCUCGCUGGAACAGGUACGCUCGAUCCAAGCUCGCCAGCGGCAUGA